UGUCGUCCGCAGGUUGCCAAUUCCCUUCACUUCAACACUGCAUCACAAGAGCAUCAAGACAGUUCACCCAUAGAAGGAACUCACCACAAGACACAUAAGGAACCACGUCACCAAGAAACAGCGUCAAUAGGGCAGCAGACUGGGGUGUGAAGGCGGGAGGAAGCGAUGUCAGUUUUACUCCACGUGGCCAGCUGUGGCGCGAGGCAGGCACAGGAACGGAGGGAGGUUAGGUGGUGAGUGCCAACUGCCACCACCACGCGUCAGGUGUGAUGGCACUCUAGCAGCAGGACUAUGAAAUGUUAUGGUGUUUGGAAAUUCAACCAGUCUAUGAACAUCGCUCGUUUCUGGAUCAUCACACGAGCGCAUAUUGAACAUUUCAGGGAUUCUCCGUAGAACUCUAAAACAUUGUGGAAAUUGAACUUGUCUAAAAAUACUGCUCGGCUCUGGAUUAUCACUCGAGCGCAUAUAUAACAAUUCAGGGAUUCGCCGUAGAACUAUAAAACAUUGUGGAAAUUGAACUUGUCUACAAAUAUUGCUCGCCUCUGGAACCAGCAGACACAGUAUCCCAUGUCGGGUGCUCAGCAAGGCGUGACGAGAGAAGUUGAGCGGCAGCGAUGAGUCAGCCUCAGGUCGGUCAGCCGCGGGCACCCGAGGGCACGGCGGGGGAGGAGCGGCGGCCCAUCGUGACGGGGCAGCACAACGGAGUGACGCCCCACGGCCCCGGCAACAACCCGCCCAACUACAACAGCAUGACGCAGGCGAACCCGAACCUCGAUGGCCUUAGGGAUCCCCAGGGCGGCUACGUGGGUCCCGCGGCGCCCUUCUCCUACCAGCACCCGGGCGACCCAGACUCCCUCCCACCGCGGUACAGCAGCCAUGACCCGGGGGCGAGGCGGCAAAGAGACAACGACGACGGACUCUCCUGCCUCAAGAGCUGGGUCCUGCUGGGGUCCUGCUGCCUGCUGGGGAUACUGGCGGCCCUGCUGGGGAUCCUCGUCUUCGCAGGUGCUGUCCCACUCUUCAGACACCUGUGGCCUAACACCUGCACGUCGGCGGAGUGUUACAAGGCAGUUGGCAACAUCCUGGAGUCCCUGAAGGAAGACGUGAACCCGUGUGAGGACUUCGCCAAGUACGUCUGCGGGGGGUGGCGUCGCGAACACCCGCUGCCGGAGUCCAAGUACCGCUGGGGCAUCUUCGACGACCUGAAUGAGAAGACGCUGCUGGACGCGAGAGGUAUGCUGGAGGAGGACGUGAAGGAGAACGAAACCCGCACCAUCAGGAUCACCAAGACAGUGUACCAGGCGUGCGUCAACAGCAGUCGGUGGGAGGAGGUGGGCCAGACGCCGCUCCUCACCCUACUGGCGCGGGAGGGUGGGCUGCCAAUGCUGGAGCCGGAGUGGAGCGGCGCAGACUUCGAGGUCAUGAGCAAACUCGCCCGACUUCGCAGGACCCUCGCGCUCACCUAUCUCGUCGGGGUCACCGUGGAACCCGACAGCCGCAACACCUCCAGGAACCUAAUCCACCUGAGUGAAGGGAGGCUGUCCAUGCCCCGAGAAUACUACACGCCGGACUCUGCCCUCAGCCGCUACCAGAAGGCCAAGCGAACCUACUUCAUGAGGCAGACGGGUGAGCUCCUCCUGACGGCGCGGCAGCAGGAGCGGAACGUCACCUACCUCGACAACCUGUACAGGGACGUGGAUGACCUGUGGGCCUUCAGCGUGAGGGCGGCGGAGAUAACUGACCCCGACGAGGACCUCCUGACUCCCUGGGACGUGUACAACCCCAUGACGGUGGCGCAGCUGCAGGCCGCCACCGACGCCGCCAACGCCUCCGUCAGGGUCGACUGGUUGAGGUUCCUGAAUGACGUGUUCGAGGAGACGGGGAUCCAGCUGACGGCGGCGCAGGAGGUGGUGGUGGACAGGCCCCUCUACUUCCCUCGACUUGUGGCGCUGUUGCAGGAAACGCCCGCUAGAGUGCUGGCCAAUUACCUGCUCUUCCCUCUGGUGACGGAUAUGGGAACCGAAGUCACUGGCCAGGUGCUUGCCUCGCUCCCUCAACGCGAAGCUACCUGGUCGUUGGGGAGGACCACCACAAGAUCGUGGUUUGACUGCGGGAAGAAGGUCAACCUCCUGCUCCCCUUCGGCGUGGGGGCCCUGUACACCCGUCACCACCUCGCCCCCGUCACCCAGGGCUUGGUAAGGUCGCACCCCCCCUCCUCCCUGCCCAACAAUGAUUACUACGAGACCGUACCAACAGCCGGCGAGGUGGUGGGGGACGUGACGGCGGCGUUCAGAACCAUGCUGACGGAGGCCUCGUGGAUGGACGCCGAGACGCUGACGGAGGCGCUGCAGAAGCUGGACGCAAUGAAGCACCUCGUCGCCUACCCGCCCCUCGCCCUGCUGGAUGACCUGCUGGAGGAAUACCACGUGGGGCUUCCCGACGUGCGCCCCGAUGACCACUUUGGCAACAUUCUGUCCCUGACGGCCUGGCUGUGUCGACGCUCCCUGCUCGAGCUCACCUUACCGACACAGAGAGACAGCUGGCCUCGAGGACCUCUGGAGCUGAACGCCUUCAACGACCCACAAUUCAACGCCAUCAUGAUCCCUCUCGCCCUGCUGCAGCCGCCCAUCUUCACCCCGGAGAGACUUACCGCCCUCAACUACGGCAGCCUGGGCGCUAUCAUAGGCCACGAGACGACCCACGGCUUCGACAACUCCGGCCGCAUGAUGGACGCCCACGGGAACCUCAACCAUUGGUGGAGCAACGCGACCCGCCAGCAGUACCUCAACAAGACCGAGUGUUUUGUCAAGCAGUACUCCGCCUUCAAUGCCGCCGCCCUCCUGUCGCCCCACCAGCGCCCGUCAGAACCCAUGCUGAUAAACGGCAAGAGAACGGUCGGUGAGAAUAUUGCCGAUAAUGGUGGUCUGCGGGCGGCGUGGGCGGCGUACCGAAGGAGACUAGCGAAGGACGGGAGUUUCCAGAGCCUGACCCUCCCUGGCCUCGACCGCUUCACCGACGACCAGCUCUUCUUCGUCAGCUUUGCGAAGGUCUGGUGCAGUCAAAUAACACCCUACGCCCUGCAGUACGUCCUCCGCGCAGACGUCCACGCCCCAGACCCCUACCGUGUGCUGGGGACGCUGCAGAACUCCCCGGAAUUCGCCCAGGCCUUCAACUGCCCCGCCGGCGCCCCCAUGAACCCGAAGGAGAAGUGUGUGCUGUGGUGAGGCGCUGCUGAUGAAGGGAUGAUGGGCAGUGAAGGUGUGUGUGUGUGUGCAGGGUGAUGUAUUGUAGGGAGGUGCAGGGAGGGUGAUAGGGAGGGAAGGGAGGGUGUGUAGGAAGGGACGUUGCAGUUUGAGGUGUGUGUUGUGACUGGAGGGGUACCAGGCAAGGAGGAUGUGUGAGAAGUGAUGGUGCAGUAGUGUAAGGUGUGCGGAAGUGAUGGUGAA